AUGUUUCGUCGUGGUACAAAACGACCACGUUUUAGUCUUGGUGGUCAUGCUAUUUUCGAACAUGACGAUUCAUCAAAUCAUUCUGGUCUUGGCAUGGCGGAUUAUGAAGAAGAUUCUUCAUCUCAACAGCAAGCAACAACAGUAAAUAAUUCCGAUCCAAAUUUUCUUUUCAAUCAAGUUACAACCGAUCGACCACGACGUAUUCAAAAAUCCAUAACUAAAUCCCAUAAUGAUGAUAAUACAAAUUUAAUUGCAUGUCUCAAUCAUCUUUUACGAAUACUUUCACGUAAAGAUAAAGAAGGUUUUUUUCAAUAUCCUGUUACUGAUCAGUUUGCACCAGGUUAUUCACAAAUAAUUACAAGACCAAUGGAUUGUUCAACAAUGAAAAAAAAAGUUAAUCAAGAUGAUUAUUCAAAUAUACUUGAAUUUCGUUCUGAUUUUGAACUUAUGUGUGAUAAUGCUAUGAAAUAUAAUCGUCCAGAUACAAUUUAUUGGCAAGCUGCAAAAAAACUUCUAGCUACAGGAACAAAAUUAAUGAAUAAAGAUAAAUUAUUAAGUUUUCGUCGUAGUCUUGAAUGUUUUGCUCGUCUUUCUGAACGUGAAUUAGGUUUUCGUAUUGAUUCAUUAAAUAAUAAUAUUGAUGAACAACAAACAACAUCAAAUGAACAAUAUGAAUCAUCAAUAAAUGAACAUGAAAAUUUUUCAACAAUAAAUUUAAAUCAAACAUGUUCACAACGUAAACCAAAAUUAAUAUUAAAAUUACCAAAAUAUUAUGAAAAAGUUUCAACAUCAUUAGUACCUGAUGAAGAAGAUGAUGAAGAAUUAUCACCUGAAGAAAUUCUUUCACAAGCACAACAAUCUGCACAAACUGCACAUGAUAAACUUUGUUUACAUCAUUCAUUAAAUACUUAUACACUUGCAUAUCAACGUACAAAUACUAUAACAUCAUUACGUUUUAUAAAUCAAGAUGAUUUUAGUCAACAAACAGUGACAAUUACACAAUUAAAUGAAGAUAAUUUAUCUUCAACAUUACCUAUUGUUAAUGGUAAUGAAAAACGUCAUCAGUUAUUAUCACGAGAUUUUCUUGAAAAUGGUCCAUUUUCAUCGAAUACAUCACAAUCUGAUUCAACAUUUUCUUCUAUAUCAAAAGAAGAAGUUGAUUUAUUAAUACAUACAUAUGGAAGUGAAUUUUCAGCACAAUAUGCUGUUUCAUUAAUGGAUUAUGUUAAAGAUGCUGGAGAUUUAGCAUUAGCUUAUGUUGAUAGAUUUUUAUCAGUAUUAACAAAUGGUGAACAUGAUAAUUUUAUUAUGAAAACACGUGAAAAACAACAUCAAACUGAAGAAGAUCAAAACAAAAUUGCUGAAACAAGUUCAACUAACAAUGUAGUUUCAUCGAUUGAUUCAAUUUCAUCUUCGGAUCAAAUUAAAUUAGAACCACAAAUACAUAGUAGUAAUACUUUGCAGCAUCCACAAUCAGAUACAAAAUUGAAUGAAAAUUCUAAAUUAUUUACACAGUUACGUCAUUCACAAUAUAAUCGUUUAUCUCAAUCAUCAAAUGAACUUCAUCAAGGAAUCCCUCCAAAACAAACAAAUGAUUCAACUAAUGAAUAUGAUUUAGCUGAAAAAGUUCUUUUUAAUUUUAAUGAUAUAACGUCAUUGUCAAAUGGACCUGAGAAAUUAAUCUCGUCUGAAAGUAUGCAUCAUAACUUUGAUAUUAUUAAUAAUAAUGAACCAUCGUUAUCAACAUUUGACACAUUGUAA